UUUCUUUUGAGUCAUAGGGCAAAAUUUACAUGCCGUUCGAAAAGGUUGUGCUGGAGUAUCCCAAGUCUGCCUGUGUGCCUGCAACGAUGUGCUUUUACUUUUGCAGGAAGGACAAACAAUAGAAGCAAGCAAAAGAAAAUGCAUGCACCAACUCUUAUCUGCUGCCCCGGUGGUGCGGCGACACAACGCGAGGUGAGGAAGCCAUUCUGCAGAAGGCGACAUAACCACAUUUGACAUCACAGAGGCGGCCGGUGCCACCGCAGGGACUAAAUUGGGAGUUUCCGCUCGCACGUCUUUAGCUUUUUGAUGUCUUUGGCGUUCAGAGUUUAAAAGUGGCUGGGUUUCCUGCUUUUGCGAGCACAUUCAUGGCUGCCGUCCUUUCACUGAUGCUGUGGAACCUGCCGAUGCUUCUCCAAGGCGUCUACUCGCCCACCUGCGGCGUCACCUGCUCCACCGACUACAACAUUCUCCUCAACUGCUCGUGCGCUUCGGUACCGACGCAGCCGCUGCGCCUUGACGUCAACUGCAGCGACGGUGAGCUUCACGUGGCCGACAGCUGCCGGCUGAUGCCGCCUGAGUCCUGGUGCGUCAUGUACCCACCGGAGCUCUACGACAUCGCCGCCAUCGGGACCGAAUGCACGGCGACCGUCAGCCUGCCGGGAGACCCGUAUUGCGAGUUGUCAGACUGGGCGCUUUACGACGUGGUAAAACCUCCGCCACCUUUCAACGUGCGAGUGACGUCCCUCGACGGAUUCGACAACAUCACGUGGGACCUCGCCAAUGACAACAACGAUUGUCUGAUGUAUGAGCUGCGAAUUCGAACCCAACAAGGUCUCUUGCAGGAUCCGGCGCGUUUCUUCUCGGUGGACAAGAGGUACUUCCUGGUGGGACACAAGGAGCUGCCGCCCCACGCCAACUGUAGCGUGGUUGUCCGGGCCAAGUUGUGCCCCAGUAACCCAUCUCAGGGCCCGUGGAGCGAGUGGAGCUCCACCGCCAAGUGGACAAAUGCGCCGACAAACGCGCCGACAAAAUCUGCAAGUGUCGCAGUGAAAGGAUUCUGGUUCUACGUCUUCCUGGCCGUCCUCGUCCUCCUUGGCGGGGUGCUGCUGCUGCUGGUUUACUCUCAAAAACCCUUCUUGCUGAAAAGAUUUCCGCUCAGCUCGUACGUGUGCAGGCCGCACGACUUCUUCCAGCCGCUCUACCUCGACUAUGGAGGCAACUUCAAGGGAUGGGUGAGGCCCUUGUUCAGCGAGCACGACAUGUUGGGGAACACCCCGCAUGAGGAGAUGGCGCCCACCACCAAGAAGCAGCUCUACUUCCACAAAGCCGCUACCAAAGGGGAUGAUGAGACGCGACCCGCUGGAUGCCUGCUCCUCGUCCCCGCCCCGCUGGCACAAUUGGCACACGUGUCCAUUCACACGGUGAUUGUGUGCGAAGAGGACGAUCAUCAAGCAUCGGAUCCAAACCACAGGGAACUGCUGGACUCUGAUCUGGAGGAGCCAGUAGUGGACGGACAAGACCAAGGGAGGCUAUUCAACGAUUGGCCGGAAGAAGCGGAGAGAGCUUCGCUGGCCUCCAACCGGCAGUCGGACGAUGGCUACCCCCGCGUGGACAUGGACACGGUGGACAGUGGUUUUGGGGAGUGCACCAGCCCCUCCCACUCUGGCUCAGGAGAGCCGGCGAGGAAUUUCCUACCCGAGCGGCGAAACUCGCGUUCCAACUAUGUCAAGCAGUGGAUGAUGUGUAAUGAUGCCAGAGAAGACUCAAGAAACGCUCUACAGUGAACAGUCCUCUAGUUUUACUGAUUUUUUUUAAAACGAAUUUUAUAUGUACAGCAGAAUAUACGGUAUAUUGCUCAGAGUUUAAUAGAAAAUAAGUUCCAUCAUUCCAUUGAUGACUUUUUAGACAUUUUAUUUUUCCAUCUAAUUUUUGUUGGAAUCAGAAUAGCAUAUUUUGAUUAAAAAAAACAUUUGUACUUCCAAUACAAACACCAGGAUACCUUA